CGGCUAAGUCACUGACCCCUGGAAUCUGCAAGACAAGAUAGAGGACUGCAAAGGGGCAUCCGGGGGUGCUACACUCCUAAAGGACAGCUUAGGCCACGCACCAUGUGGUGGUUCCUGCUGCCGCUGCUGCUGCGCCCCAGCUGGGCAGGGCCUCUACAGGAGAGGGCCCCUCUUUUCCGGCUGACUCAGCAGGGCCCCUGGGAGAGCGGGGCCAGCAACGCCACGGUCUCCCCCUGCGAGGGGCUGCCCAUCGCGGGAGCCACGACCUUGACCCUCGCCAACAGCAGCCUGGAGCGCCUGCCCGACUGUCUGCCGCCCACGCUGCGCAGCCUCGACGGCAGCCACAACCUGCUGCGCUCCCUGAGCGCGGCCGAGCUCAGCCACCUGCCGCAGCUGCAGGUGCUGACGCUGCGCCACAACCGCAUGGCGUCGCUGCGCUGGGGCCCCGGGGGCCCGGCGGGGCUGCACACGCUGGACCUCAGCUACAACCGGCUGGCCGCGCUGCCGCCCUGCGCCGGGCCCGCUCUGCCCGGCCUCCGCUCGCUGGCGCUCGCCGGGAACCCGCUGCGGGAGCUGCAGCCCGGGGCCUUCGCCUGCCUCCCCGCGCUGCGCCUCCUCAACCUCUCCUGCACCGAGCUCGGCCGCGACCCCGGGGCGGGCAUCGCCGACGCGGCCUUCGCGGGGGCGGGCGCCGCGCUCGAGGUCCUGGACCUCAGCGGCACGUCCCUGGAGCAGGUUCAGUCCGGGUGGAUCAGAGACCUGAGAAAGCUCAGGUCUCUCCACCUGAGGAAGAUGCCCAGGCUGAGAACCCUGGAGGGGGACAUUUUCAAGAUGACCCCUGACUUGCAGCAGCUGGAUUGUCAAGACUCUUCAGCACUUACCUUUGUCCACACACACAUCUUCGAAGACACUCCUCGCCUACAGGUCCUUGUAUUCCAGAACUGCAACUUGAGUUCCUUCCCUCCUUGGAGACUGCAUUCCUCCCAGGUCCUAACCAUUAACCUCUUCGGCAACCCCCUCAUUUGCAGCUGUGAAUUGUCCUGGCUCCUGAAGGAUGCAAAGAGGACUGUCUUAAGCAGGGCAGCAGACACUGUGUGCACACCAGCUGCAGGAUCCCAAGACACCUUCUCAGCCCCUCUUUCGCUGUCCUAUCUGCCCAGUAUGUGCCAUUUGGACCAAAGCACUACCCUCCUGGAUUCCAACUCGACCUUCUCUGUUCUGGUCACCCACGUACUAUCUACACAGAGUCCUGCCACCCCACAGAGCACAGCCCCCUUUACUCCACCUUUGGAAGUCAGACAGAGUGUCACCAAGACCCCCUCCCUCCCUGCGGAUUCCUCCACAAGGACUGCAUGGUCGCGCAGUGGCAUCAGGACGGGGACCACCCCCUCCGCUGCCAUCUCCCCAGCAGAUGCCAGCAACUCUAGCGCUCUGCGCAGGGCUGCAAGCACAGCCGAGACAGAGCACCAAGAACACGCCGCCAGGCUUGCCCAUGAGUCUGGCAUCCCAGCUGCCGCCACCCCAUCCACCAGCAAACACCUUGGGCUCUUCCCCACCUCCUGGAACCCGGUGAGGAUGCCCCAGCCCGACCACAGGCCACAGGCCACCCCGCAGGUGCCCCACCCGAGUCCUUCCGAGGACACGAUUCCAAUCUUGCUGUUGGACGACUCCAGUGAGGAGGAGGAGGAGGAGGAAGGGGCGGGGAAGAAGGAGGAGGUGGGAGCGCCUCCCCAGGACGUCCUCUGUGAUUACCAGCCCUGCAAGCACCUCCAGACCCCGUGCGCCGAGCUGCAGAGGCUCUCGCGGUGCCGGUGCCCCGGGCUCAGCGGGGAAGACACCGUCCCGGACCCCCCCACGCUGCAGGCGGUGACCGAGACCACGGACACGUCGGCGCUCGUGCGCUGGUGUGCCCCCAACUCGGUGGUGCGCGGCUACCAGAUCCGCUACUCUCCCGAGGGCCGGCCGGGCAACCAGUCGGCGUCGGUGGUGGCGGACAUCUAUGCCACCGCCCGGCAGCACCCCCUGUACGGGCUCUCGCCGGGCACCACGUACCGCGUGUGCGUCCUGGCGGCCAACCGGGCGGGCCUGAGCCGGGCGCGGGCCUCGGGCUGGACGCGGGCGUGCGCCGCCUUCACCACCAAGCCUAGCUUCGUGCUCAUCUUCGCGGGGCUGUGCGCCGCCUGCGCCCUGCUGCUCGUCGCCACCCUGCUGCUCUCCGCCUGUCUGUGCCGGCGGGCCCGGACGCCACACCCGCGGCGCUACGACACGCACCUGGUGGCCUACAAAAACCCAGCCUUUGAGCACAGGCUGAAGCUCCAGACCGUCAGUUAGCCCAGCGCCCCCUCCUCCAGUGGAACACAGGCCGCCUGGGUGCAGAAGAUACAGAGGGUCAAAGAUGGCACCCCGUCAGCUCCGAAAGCCCCUCCUUCCUGUGAAGCCAGCGCUCCUCGGGCACACAGGAAGCUUGCCCCGCUGUUUCUCAGUCCAAGGAACCACCGCCUUCCCUUCCUCCUCCUCCCCUCUGUGCCCAGAAACGUGCACACCAGUCCACUCCCGAUGCCCGUUGCCACCGGGCAUCCUUGUGCGUUACUUGGGUCUUUCAGCAGUUAAUGCCGCUUGUGUCCAGUCGAAUAGAUUGCGUAUGGAAGUCGAUGGAGAUAAAAACUAGUUCACACGAUUCAGGCUCUUUUGCCAUAUUGGAAGUGACAUCCUCAAGUCCUUUCAGGAAAGGAAGUUCCCUUCAUGGUCAAGCUCUGGCUAAGGCAGGUGUUAUUCAAGGAAUCAACUCCAGUGGAGUCUUCAUCUGAGAACUGGGGAUAAGGGAGAACUACUGGUUAUGUUUCCCCGAGGCCUCCUGGGUUUAUUAGUUGUGUCUCAGGAUAUGGCACAAAAUGUGCUUUUGUCUUUGUCGUUAGAACUGCAGUCUGCUGGGAACACUUGUGAGACACAAGGAGAAUCUGUGCUUUUUACUCAUUGUUUACUGCAUUUCACCUGAGACUAAGUAGUCAGAGGAACUAUGGACUCCUUUUCUUAAGAAAGCAUAAUAAGGUCACUUUCAGGAUUUUGUUUUUUAAGAGAAAAGAAAUGAGCUUAGGAGAGAAACCUCUGGAGGCCUAGGUGGCUCGGUGGGUUAAAGGUCCGACUCUUGAUCUCGGCUCAGGUCUCGAUCUCCCAAGUGGUGAGCUCUAGUUCCGGGGGGUGGCGGGGGGGGGCUCUGUGCUGACAGAGCCUGCUUGGAAUUCUCUCUCCCUCUCCCUCUGCCCCUACCUGACUCGUGCUCUCUCAAAAUAAAUAAAUGAAAAAGAGAGAGAGAGAGAGAAACCUCAAGGCUCCAACUGGAAGCUAAAGCAUUUUGCUCUCAGUUGCAUCAAACAUCGCCUUUAUGAUUUGUAUCUGAGUGUGCAUGCAGUAUCUCACUAUACCCCUUUUCACUGGUAUACAAACUUAGGGGGGAAAAGUGAUUUUACAAAAUUAUAGUGUGGGUCAUAUUUCUAGAUAUUAAUUUUCUGCAUUAGAAUUUAUUUUUACUUUUCUGUGAUGACUGCAACAAUUACCACAAACUGGAUGGCUUUAAAACAACAGAAAUCUAUUCUUAACAGUUCAGGCCAGAAAACCAUAACCAAGCUGUCAGCAGGAUUGGUUUCUUCUGGAGGCUCUGAGAAUUACUCCACGCCCCUCCUGGUUACUGGCAAUCCUUGGUGAUCCUUGGCUUGCAGAUAAAUCCAGUCUGCGCCUCCAUUGUCUCAUGGCAUUCUCUGUGUCCAAAUUUCCCACCUUAAAUAAAAAUUUCUCCCAUCUUUAUGGGGAUAUAAUUGACAUAUAACUGUGUGUAAGUUUACAGUGUACAAGGUGAAAUGACAUACAUAUAUAUUGGGAAAUGACUACAAAAAGGUUAGUGAACACAUCCUUUACCUCACAUGGUUACCUCUGUGUAUGGGAAGACCUCCUUUCUAAGCAAUUUCAAGUAUACAUUAACUAUAAUCAUCAUGCUGCCUUCUGGGGAUCAUUAGAUCUCCAGAAUUUCCUCAUCUUACAACUGGAAGUGUGUACCCUUUGACCACAUUCACCCAUUGUCCCCCACCCCUAUGAAGCACCAGUAUACUGCUGUUUCUAGGAGUUGUGUUUUUUUGUGUUUUUUUUUUUUUUAGAUUUUCAUUUAAGUGAAAUCAUACAGAAUUUGUCCUUCUCUGCCUUAUUUCGCUUGGUAUAAUGCCUUCAAGUUCCAUCCGUGUUGGUGCAAAUGGCGGAUUUCCAUGUUUAUGGUUGAAUAAUUUUCCUGUGUCUGUGUGUUUGUAUAUAUAUAUAUACAUAUAUACACAUGCAUUUUAUCCACUCAUCCAUUGACACUUGAAUAUAGUUUGAGAG